AUGCCUCUCAAAGUUGUCGUAGUUGGUGCUGGCCUGGCGGGGUUGGGCGCGGCCAUUGCACUGAAUCGCUCAGGACAUGAAGUCCAGGUGAUUGAACAGUCAAGCUUUCUGAACGAAGUUGGCGCAGCCAUCCACGUCCCGCCCAACGCAACCCGCAUCCUACGUGAGUGGGGCUGCGACUUCGAGAAGCUUCAGCCGGUUCACUGUACCAAGUUUCAGAUCUGGACUUCUGCAGGCAACCUGAUUUCGACUCCUAUGGUGACUGAGGAUAUCCAAAAGCGCCUCCAAGUAACCGACGAUUUCAUCCUCACCCACCGCGUCGAUUUACAUAAUACCCUGCGGGAUACAGCAGCGACAGAAAUUGAAGGGAGCCGGGUGCAUAUUCGACUGUCGUCUCGUGUUGCCUCUGUGGACGCCGAAGCGGGGCGUGUUACUCUUGAGGACGGAACUGUUUAUACCGGUGACCUGAUCAUCGGUGCCGAUGGUAUACAUUCUCGAGCCGUGAGCGGUAUCACCGGCGAAGAAGAGCGCAAAGAAAACACCGGGCAAAACUGUUUCCGGUUCCUGGUUCCAACCUCCAAGAUGCGGGCCAACCCCUUGACUGCCUCUCUUCUAGAAAAGAUUGGAUUAGAUGGCGUGCACGGAUUUGUAUCUGAAGAUCGACGAAUGAUACUUUACCCCUGUCGGGGUGGAGACCUACUCAACGUUGUGGGUUUCUAUCCCUCAAACCCGGAGACGGCGGUGAAAGAUUCAUCUUGGCUAGAUUCAGCCAGUCAUGACGCACUUCUCCGGACAUUCAAGACGUUUAGUCCCGAACUUCAAGAAAUUUGCCGCAUCGCUGAAGAUGUCAAACUGUGGAGUCUGGGGUCUCGACAGCCUCCAAGGACAUUCGUAAAGGGAAAGCUUGCACUUGCUGGUGAUGCGGCGCAUCCUACUCUUCCUCACCAAGGCCAAGGAGGCGCACAGUCAUUUGAAGACGGUGCCGCACUCGGAGCAUUAUUUACUCCUGAAACGACCCCGGACCAGGUUCCCCAACGCUUACAAUUGUACAACCAAGUACGGUAUGGCCACUCAUUGACUGUAAUGAUGAUGUCGAAACUUCCCGACGAUCGCCGCGCAGAGAUGUAUGACGAGCUACGGUCGUAUGUGCCCGCAGCUGAGUUUCCAAAAGACAUGUUUUCGUUUACGUGGACUUCGUAUCCCACCCAAGAGGCUCAGAGAGCUUUAAAUGCCGAGUUAAAGGUCUAG